UAAACGGAACUUACAUGACUGUACGAAAAAAAAAAUAUAUUGAGUCGCAAUUAAACUCAGUGCAUAUUCAAUUGUCUUAAACUUAACUUCUAUUUUUGUGGUGUAGCGUAAAAUUAGCAAGCGACAAAAAUGCUUGGAUUUUUUGUACUUUUGUGUUUUGCACACGUAGUUGUCUCAUUUCAGAAUGUGCAUCCAGACGCUAAGAUUGAUCCAACAGCACGAUUGGGAUCAUUUGUAGAUAUUGACACCGGUGUGAUUGUCAAAGCACAUGCUCACAUUGGCAGCUUUGCAUCAAUCGCAUCGUCUACAUUGAUUGGUGAAAAUACAAAUAUUGGAUCACAUGCUAAAAUCGGUCAACGAUGUAACAUUGAAAACAAUGUCACCAUUAAAACGUUUGCGAAAUUUGGAAAUGAUAAUGUUUUACGAUCUGGCAGUGUAUUUGCUCAAUUUUCAUCGAUCGGCAAUAAUGUGAUUUUUGGCAAUCGAGUGGUAAUGAACGAACAUGCUGUUGUUAAUGAUGGCGCUGAGAUUGGCGAUGACAGUUUCCUGGACGAAUUUUCAUCGGUGGAUUUUAAUGUAAAAAUUCUGCCAAAAGCAUACAUUGGGCCGUUUAGCUUCAUUCUAUCGAAUGCAAUCGUCAACGAAGGUGCUGUCAUUUAUGAAUCUGUUGAAAUACCCCAAAAGGCAGUGGUCAAUCAAAAGCAAGUUGUUAUUAGCACACCUUCCACUUUCACACUGUAUCAGAGUUGUGCUCCCAUUGAUAGCAUCUUGAGUGGGAAUGUCGAAAUAGCUGCAAAGAACGAUAAGGAAUUCAAUUCGAAACAAUUCAAUGUUUUGCUACGUAGUAUGAUGGACUCACAGGUCGAUAGCUUGAUAGCAAGCUGUAAACAAACACAAAUGCCAGCGAAACUCGAACAAUUGCCGACUAUAAAAACCUUGUAUUUAAUUCGAUAUCAAAAUCUUGAUCGUUUUAAGGAAAAUUUCCGCAUAGUUCAAAAUGCAACAAAAUCCUCAACUCCGAGCAUUGUCAUUUCAAAAAAUGGUGUCAGAAUGGAUUCUUCGGCAUCGUUCGAGAGAAUGCAAGAGCUUGCAAGAGAAUAUCAUUUUGGCGAAACGGCGGAAAAAGAAAUACUGGAACCUGAUGUACAGAAGAAAUUCGUUCAGCUACUGGCAAUUGACCAAGAUGCAUCACGUGUAAAUCGCGGUGAAAAUGACACCUACUAUGAAAUGAUUGGACAAAUACGAAACGGAGACAGAGAAGUAACAUGUGCAAAACGAAGCCGUCAAGAACUAAUUACAUUUGAAAAUCUUAACAUAUCAUUCUGAUUUUUUAUUUUUUUUUUGAAGUAAUUUGUAGUAGUUCCAAGAAUUGGUGUCAAAGUUUCUCUUUUUUGGCUAUUUCCAAGAAUAAUUGGGAUAACAAAAAACGGAAGCACAUUAAAUAUACAUUGAAAAUGAUUUGUUUGAUUUUA